AUGGGAAAUCGGUGUGUUGGAUCAAUGGCUUCAGACGGAUUUCUUCAAUCAAUCUCCAAUUCCAUAUGGUGGUCUCGAACAAUUGCUUCUGGUGAUAAGGAACCUAAAGGCGAACCACUCUCGACGAGUAAGGAGCGCGAAGAGCAGAACCCUCCUUUACCUCCAAACGGGCCCCCGGAACAGAUAAAGAUUGUUAAGGAAGAGAUUAUAGUUGUACCAGAGCCCACAAGACACAAGGAAGAACCCGAACCAGCGAAGCCAGAGCCAGUUAGGCAGAUUGAAAAUGCUAAGCCUGCACAACCAGCAAGACACAAGGAAGAGAGUAAACCGGAAGAGCCUAAGAAACCGAGAAAGCCCCAUAAUGUUAAGAGGCUAGCAAGUGCAGGGCUUCGGGCUGAGUCAGUGUUACAAACCAAAACUGGUCAUUUGAAGGAAUACUACAACCUGGGGCGGAAGCUUGGACAUGGUCAGUUCGGUACAACUUUUCUUUGUGUGGAGAAAGGGACUGGAAAAGAGUAUGCUUGCAAGUCCAUUGCGAAAAGGAAAUUGCUUACGGAAGAUGAUGUGGAGGAUGUGAGGAGAGAGAUUCAGAUAAUGUAUCACUUGUCUGGGCACACCAAUGUGAUCUCAAUCAAAGCGGCUUAUGAGGAUGCUGUAGCCGUCCAUGUUGUCAUGGAAUUGUGCACUGGGGGUGAGCUUUUUGAUAGGAUUAUUAAGAAAGGGCAUUAUACAGAAAGACAGGCAGCUCAACUUUCCAGGACAAUAGUCCAAGUUAUUGAAACCUGUCAUUCUUUGGGUGUCAUGCAUCGCGAUCUUAAGCCUGAGAAUUUUCUUUUCAUUAACGAGGAGGAAGAUUCACAUCUUAAGGCAAUAGAUUUUGGAUUAUCAAUAUUUUUCAAGCCUGGGCAAAUUUUUACUGAUGUGGUUGGAAGCCCUUAUUAUGUGGCACCCGAAGUUCUGUUGAAGCGUUAUGGUCCACAAGCAGAUGUUUGGAGUGCUGGAGUGAUGAUUUACAUCCUCUUAAGUGGGGUGCCACCGUUUUGGGCUGAAACCGAGGAAGAUAUAUUUGAUGAGGUAUUGCGUGGUGAUCUGGACUUCUCAUCUGAUCCCUGGCCUAAUAUUUCCGAUAGUGCAAAAGAUUUGGUAAGAAGAAUGCUAGUUCGGGACCCCAAAAAGCGGAUAACUGCUCAUGAAGUCUUGUGCCACCCUUGGGUUCAAACUGAUGGAGUGGCACCAGACAAACCUCUUGAUUCUGCAGUCUUAAGUCGCUUGAUGCAGUUUUCUGCAAUGAAUAAGCUUAAGAAAAUGGCUCUCAGAGUCAUUGCCCAUAACCUCUCGGAAGAAGAAAUCGCGGGGUUGAAUGAAAUGUUUAAGAUGAUAGACACAGACAACAGUGGUCAAAUUACUUUCGAAGAACUAAAAGUCGGACUGAAAAGAUUUGGCGCUAAUCUUACUGAAUCAGAGAUUUAUGAUCUAAUGCAGGCCGCUGAUGUUGAUAAUAGUGGCACAAUCGAUUACGAUGAGUUCAUAGCAGCAACAUUGCAUCUAAACAAAAUCCAAAGGGAAGAUAAUCUGUACACAGCCUUCUCGUAUUUCGACAAAGAUGGCAGCGGCUAUAUCACUCUGGAUGAGCUUCAAAAGGCCUGUGAUGAAUUUGGAAUGGAGGAUGCUCACUUAGAAGAGAUGAUCAAGGAAGCAGACCAAGAUAAUGAUGGGAGAAUAGAUUAUAAUGAGUUUGUGGCCAUGAUGCAAAACCGCAACGGCGAGACGGGUAAGAAUGGUUUGCAGGGAAGAAGUUUUAGCAUUGGAUUUAGGGAGGCACUGCCAGUUUUUUGA